UGGCGCUGAGGCUUGCUAACGCCCGCAAACGGCCAAACACCGGCGCCCCGAGCUGUCACGCAUUAGCAAAGAGAGGUGUUUACGGCUAACUAGCCCCUGCUACGUGACGGCGGCUAGUCGGGCGGUGUGUUUGGCGAACGGGCGCGUGCCGGACGGGACCCUGCGGCCUAAAUGUGAGCUGGUCCACUGAGCAACAACCAAGAAACUGAUGAGGACUUGCUAAUGGAAAUGGAUGAUAAUGGUCCACAGACCCCUCACUGUGAUACAAGAUGGUCACAGCAACUGUCAGGCCUUCCUCCCAAGCUCCUGCAGCGCCUCAUGCCUUUCCAGAGGGAGGGAGUGGAGUUCGCUUUAUCAAGGGGCGGACGGUGCAUGAUUGCGGAUGAGAUGGGUCUUGGGAAGACGGUGCAGGCCAUCGCCGUGGCGUACGCCUUCAUACAGGAGUGGCCUCUCCUGGUGGUGGUGCCCUCGUCCCUGAAAUAUCCCUGGAUCGAGGAGCUGGAGAGGUGGAUCCCUGAGCUGCAGCCAGGAGACAUCAACCUGGUAGAGAACAAGAGCCACACUAUGCGCAUCGGCACCAGUAGGGUGACGGUGCUGGGCUACGGCCUCCUCACCACAGACGCGCGUGUCCUGGUAGAGACUCUGAACAGACAGCAGUUCGCCGUGGUCGUGGUGGAUGAAUCGCAUUAUCUUAAAUCCAGGAACGCGGCGCGGACCAAGAUCCUGGUCCCGCUCAUACAGCGCGCCAAGCGGGCCAUCCUGCUCACUGGCACUCCUGCCCUGGGUCGACCUGAAGAGCUUUUUAUGCAGAUUGAUGCCCUCUAUCCCAAGAGGUUUGGUACUUGGACUGACUAUGCCAAAAAAUACUGCAACGCCCAUUAUAGGUACUUCGGGCGUCGCAGGCAGUGGGACUGUCGCGGGGCGUCCAACCUGGACGAGCUGCACCAGCGGCUGAGCCAGAUCAUGAUCCGCCGUCUUAAGGCCGAGGUGCUCACUCAGCUGCCCCCCAAAGUCCGCCAGCGGAUUCCCUUCGACCUGCCCAAGGAGGCGGCUAAGGAGGCCUCCGCCAGCUUCGCAGAGUGGGAGAGGCUGAUGAAGGGGCUGGGGUCAGGAGUCGCCACGACGGACAACCCCUUCACUGAGGUCAUGGGCCUGGUGACACAGAUGUACAAGCAAACAGCUAUAGCCAAGGCGGGAGCUGUGAAGGACUACAUUAAGAUGAUGCUGGAGGCAGAGCAGCUGAAGUUCCUGGUGUUCGCCCACCACCUCACUAUGCUGCAGGCCUGCACCGAGGCCGUCAUCGAAGCCAAGGCUGGUUACAUCCGUAUCGAUGGCAGUGUCCCAUCUUCAGAACGGAUCCAGUUGGUCCACAAGUUUCAGAGUGACCCGGAGACACGGGUGGCCAUCCUCAGCAUUCAGGCAGCUGGUCAGGGUUUGACCUUCACGGCUGCCAGCCACGUGGUGUUUGCCGAGCUCUACUGGAACCCCGGCAGCAUCAAGCAGGCAGAAGAUCGAGCCCACCGCAUCGGGCAGACCUCCUCGGUCAACGUGCACUAUCUCAUCGCCAAGGGCACAUUUGAUACCGUCAUGUGGUCCAUGCUGAACAGGAAGGAAACGGUGACUGGCAGCACGCUGAACGGCAGGAAGGAGUACCUUAAGGCUGAGGAGGGGGACAAGGACAAGUGGGAGUUCCUCAGCUUCGCCCACGCGUGGACACCCAGCGAGAUGGUGCUGCCGUUGGAGGGAAACGCAGGAAACAAGGAAGACGACGUCUUCUUCACUCAUUUUGAUAAAGAGAAGCAACACGACAUCCGUUCCUUCUUUUCCCCGAGUGCCAACAAAGAGAAGAAGAGAAAGAGAACCGGAGAUGAGGAAAUCAGCCCAAAGAUGACGACUGGGGCCCGAACAAACUCUGAGCAGGAAGAGCAGGAAGGGAGGGAGGAGAAGUCCUGUUUGCCAACGCCUGGCUCACCCGACCAGGACUUCUCGCCACAGCUCAAGAGGCUGCGCACACCCCAGCCGGGCUCCAGCUCCACGUCUCGCUGCAGGAGGAGCAGGAGGAUGACGACCGGGGCGAUGAGCUCCAGCAGCCCCAGCUCUGUGGUCUCCUUCUUGGCCCCACGUAAGCUGUCGGAGCCCGAGCCCUCAGUGAAGACCUGGAACUGUGGGGCCUGCACGUACUCCAACAGCAGCCUGUUGCCUUACUGUGAAAUGUGCGAGUUUCCACGCUCUUCAUCUGCUGUCAUAUCAGAGCCACCCAGGCCUCAUCAACCUCCCUCAGCUGAGAUGGACCAGGCGCGUGUCGCCCUCUCUGACAGUGAGCCAGAGCUCGGACGGCGAGGAGCCCGGUCUCUGGAAUCACGCGAAGGCAAACAGAGCGAGGAGGAGAACGAGGAGACGCGGGAGGAGGAGGAGCCUGCAAAAGACAAACAGAGGCUAGAAGAAGCAGCGGAGGAGGGCAAGCGGCGAUUCAAAGGCAAACAAUCAGCGGGAGAGCAGAGAGACAAUGUCGCUGGUGGUGGCUCCUGCCUCCCCCCUGACCACACACAGGACCACAGAGCUGCGGCGUGUUUGUCUUCUGCUUCUGCUGCUGAUGCUAAUGACGAUGAUGGGGACAGUCGUGGAGAUGCCGCCAGCACCACCCAUCUCAUUUACCCGGGUCUGCAGUUCUGUGCCAGCCAGUACACGGACCGCAUAUACGUGUACACCAAGGAUGGUUGUGCGUUGAACUUGAGCUUCGUCCCUCUGGACAUCAAACUAACCAACUGGGACGACCUGCCCGAGGCCUUCAGCCAGCGCAAGGAAAAUCGAAUACAGGUGCUGAGAUUUGUUCAGGAGUGGAACAGCCUGGCAGCCAUGAAACAGAAGCUGCUUCGACGCAGCGGCCUCCUCUUUCACAGUCCUACUCUGGGCCUGCAACAGCUGGCUGCCGCCCAACAGACUCCAACCAGCACCAAGAGGUACCUCAGUAGAGAUGAUGUGGCUCAGGCCUCUCUUACCAUAGCCCAGAGGAAGGGAGGCAGCAUCCGAGUGGUCACCAAGGACAAGUUCUUCAGUAAGAGGUCUGCCUCUUCAGCAACACCAACUACAUCAGACAGACAGGACCAGGAACUGGGUAAUGUGGUGGCGGAGCCGUCGUCAGAGUCCAGCUACGUGCAAGCAGUGGACAGCGAGGGCGUCCCUCUGUGCCUGUCCUGCCAGCGGGCCUGCUCCAGCGCCGCAGACGCCUGGAGCAGCAGAUUCUGCAGCCACAGGUGUCAGGAGGAGUUUCAGUUGCGCUCCAACCAAACAUACAUGCGCUCAAGGGUGCUGGAGGUAGAGAAGGGCAUCUGUCAGCACUGCGGCCUCCACGCCCACGACCUGUUUCAGAGGGUCCACGAUGCCCCGCCUUCCAACCGCAAGGAGAUGCUGGAGAACACUUGGCUCGCCCAGCUGUCACUCAAACAGCUGAACGAGAUGAUCCGGGCGACGGUGGAAGGGGAUUUUUGGCAGGUCGACCACAUCCGGCCGGUCUACAGCGGAGGAGGACAGUGCUCCCUGGACAACCUGCAGACGCUCUGCACCGUCUGCCACAGAGCUAGGACGGCUCAGCAAGCCAAAGAAAGGAGCCAGAUGAGGAAGAAUGUCGCGGCGUCCAAGGUUGCGUCAGACAUCAGCAGGUUCUUCGUGAGGAAAUGAGAAAGCAGGAAGGUUUAGUAAGGGUUGCAUAGGUGUUAAACGUCCUGAUUCUAAUUGCCGAGUCCUCCCUAGCUUGACUUGUAAAAGGCUGCGUGAAGACGGAUCAUGUUUCAUCACAAGCAAAACUCACGUUAAAUUACUGCAGAUGCCAAUCACAGUCUCAGAUUAGCAUUAGAGGCCAGAAAUUGUUUGCGUCUUGCGGAGAGCCCCACUUUCCUUCUGCCUAACUUACCCGGAGCACUGCUGCCGUCCUGUUGAACUUCAUUCCCACGUUCAAAAAAAAAAAUUGUGACGACUGCAUCAAAUGCAAAUUCCGCCGACUCCCCUCUCGUCCCCGAACCGUCACAACUGCGGUGGUUUUGAUUUACGACGGCCCUCGUUUGCUCGGGGCUGAAAUGGGGCAGGUUGUUUAGAGAGAUGCUGCUAUUUUAGGAAUUUGCAAACUUGGUGGAAAAAGAGCAGGUGAGAGAUAAAUUGGGGGCUUUGUGAUUAAAACUCCGCGGCGGAAAACGCAACCGAGUGUCCUCACUGACAACAAGUAGCACGUUGAAGAUAGAUUAAGGCUCCCACGUGAAAUAAAAACCUAUUUUCAUCUUGUUUCAUGUUGCCACCUUCUGUUCCUCCUGUGCUUUACCCAUGGCUUGGACUGUAAAUACACCAAGACGCUGUUUGUUCUGACAAGCCAGCAAAUUGUUUCAUCGCCUGAAGUCAGGAACAUUAUUGUCCAUGUCCACGCAUCUACCUCCUCUUCAGCUGCGCUUGAUGAUCUGAGCAGAGCUAAAGUCAGUCAGGAGGGCUAUGUUUAGAGAGAUGGAGAGCAGAGUUACUAUGGAAACAAGGCUCCGGGUUCAGCAAUGUCGGGAAUAUUGAAUCUGUUCUUGUGAGAGUUAUACAAUGAGCCAGACAGACAUCAGAAACUCCAAUCAAUAUCAGCAGGUUCCUGUGAAAAUGAGGCCGCCGCAUUCCUCCACGGCGGAGCUCGACUUUCCCUCACGGCGCCGAUGCCUCACCGUCGACGUCACGAGUGUCGUCAUGUCACAAUUUGUCUGUCUGUCAGUGGCGUCAAACUCCCAGCUCAGCAAAUUCCGCCGUCGCCCGGAAAGUUUCACAUUUUUCCUGACAAGCCCAACUUCCCUCAGCCUAUCAGGCGGUGCCGUCGGAGCCACGGCUGUAAACUUUCUCGGAGCCCAUGUGGGUGCACGUGUGGGUGUGUGUGUAUUUCCCCUACGGCGGCUCCAGGUCUCCACUUAAUAAGACCGUUGUUCCUCUCCUGUCCAAACCGACAAGCUUUGUGAGUAAUGAACAUCUCCCAGGCAGCCUUCCAACAACAGCAGGUUUCAGUGUCAGUCCCUGUCAGCAGCCAAUGACUCUGAUCUGCUGUUUUAUUACACCCAAAAAGUGUGUGUGUGUGUGUGUGUGUGUGUGUGUGUGUGUGUGUGUGUGUGUGUGUGUGUGUGUGUGUGUGUGUGUGUGUGUGUGUGUGUGUGUGUGUGUGUGUGUGUGUGUCAGGGAGAGACGGAGUAUACAAUGCGUGUGUGUUACACAGACAGUGUGUGUGUUGGCAGAUAAAGUGUACAUUGAAGGAUGAAGGACGUGCUGUGUGUGUUUGUCACAUGGAGCCAUAAUGAGGCAGCGCCCAGAUGAAGACGCCUCAUGUUCCUCCCCGAGGAUCCGCUGGGUAAAGAGCAGCGCCGCGGCCGCGUGACACCGUUUGCGUCGGACAACUUAUGAGCCCGGAGGAGAAACUUUCCCUCUGCAGGUGAUGACAGUAAUAAAGAUGGACUCAUGUCGGCCAGCGAGGCUCGCGUGUUUGUUUUAGAGACAGCACGAGAGGAAAAAUUCACUUCACUUUUUCCAUCAAGUGCAAUCAGCUUCCUUGCCUCGGCGCCGCAGCUGCGGAGACGUUUCAACAGGUUACAUAGCAACACAGCGUACAGUCGGCGUCACGCGGCCAAAAUUAGCUGAGCAAAUAUGUAGUGGAAAUAAUCACAUAUCGUUAGAAAAGUCACGGCGUGGAGAGAGAGGACAGGCUGCAGGAGGAGAAGUGCUGAGAAAAACAGCAGAUUAGUCCACCUGUGAUCAGACACACUCAUUUACUCUGAUACUGAAACUAACAAUGAGUUGAACCUGUCUUCUUUGGGUCAUUGCCAUAAAACUGACUGGGUUUCCAAAUACAUUCACAGACCACAUGAGAGAAUUAGCGUCAGGUCGAAGAAGUCAUUCAUGUUAAGGUUCAAGUGUACUUGUGUUAACAUGAGGUUACAUAACCGUCAGUCUUUGUAGCUGUUUGCUUCAUAUCAUUAUUUUACAAACACUCAAAUGCAAAUGGGAAAUUAUCAAUAAAGGUUUAAAAUCACA